AUGGUUUCCGCACACGUCGACAAGCUCAUCGGCAUCGCCAACCUCCCCAACCAACGGCACAAGAUCGUUGCGAAGAGAGGUGCCGCUUUCACGAUUAUGGUAGUUGGUGAGAGUGGUCUGGGAAAGACGACUUUCAUCAACACCCUCUUUAGCACAACCAUCAAGAACUAUGCCGAGCAUCGCCUCCGUCACAAGAAACAGAUGGACAAGACGGUCGAGAUUGCCAUCACCAAGGCCGAGCUCGAGGAGAAGUUCUUUAAAGUUCGCCUGACGGUCAUCGACACUCCCGGCUUCGGAGACUACGUUAACAACCGCGACUCAUGGAUGCCCAUCGUCGAGUUCAUUGACGACCAGCACGAGUCGUAUAUGCUUCAGGAGCAGCAGCCGCGCCGCAGCGACAAGAUCGACCUCCGUGUCCACGCCUGUCUUUACUUCAUCCGGCCCACAGGACACACCCUUAAGCCCCUCGACAUCGAAGUCAUGAAGAGGCUGUCCACCCGUGUCAACUUGAUCCCUGUCGUUGCGAAGGCCGAUACCUUGUCGCCCAAUGACUUGGCUCUGUUCAAGAAGAGGGUUCGUGCGGUCAUUGAGGCUCAGGGUAUCAAGAUCUACCAGCCCCCUGUUGAAGAGGACGACGAGGCUGCUGCUCAGCACGCCCGCAGCUUGAUGGCUGCCAUGCCGUUUGCCGUCAUCGGUAGCGAGAAGGACGUCAAGACCUCGGACGGACGUGUCGUCAAGGGCCGACAGUACUCCUGGGGAGUCGCCGAGGUCGAGAACGAGGACCACUGCGACUUCAAGAAGCUCCGCAGCAUCCUGAUCCGCACGCACAUGUUGGACCUGAUCCACACCACCGAAGAGCAGCACUACGAGGCCUACCGCGCGCAGCAGAUGGAGACCCGCAAGUUUGGCGAGGCCCGUCCCAGGAAGCUCGACAACCCUAAAUUCAAGGAGGAGGAGGAGAACUUGAGGAAGCGGUUCACCGAGCAGGUCAAGAAGGAGGAGGCUAGGUUCAGGCAGUGGGAGCAGAAGCUCAUCUCCGAGAGGGACCGUCUCAACAAGGACUUGGAGAACACUCACGCUGCCAUCAAGCAGCUCGAGUUGGAGUUGGAGUCGAUGCAGGGAAGCGUCCAGCGAAGCCAUGGCAGACGUUAA